AUGCCCACUGACUUGCUCCAGGCCAGCUUCAACAUGGCGUCGUCAGCAAAUCACAAACCCCGGCGGCGCCGCAAAAUCGAAGAAGGCUCUCUUGCCCACGUCACCCACGGCACCCUCGACCUCGACUCGUCCACCAAUGCCCACAAACCCGCAUUCCCGCUCGUCGCGUUCCUCUGGCCUGCAAAAGGCACAGUCUCACAAUGGGUCACCAUCCCCUUGAUCCUGAUGGUUGUGGGCCUGUUCAGGUGGACGACGAGCCUAUGGAGCUAUUCCGGCUUGCAGAGCCCGCCCAUGCAUGGGGAUUUUGAGGCCCAGAGGCACUGGAUGGAGAUUACACGGCAUUUGCCCGUGAGCAAGUGGUAUUUCUACGAGUUGCAGUGGUGGGGAUUGGAUUAUCCUCUGCUUACCGCGUAUCAUAGUUGGGUUUUGGGUGUGCUUGGCUCUGCGAUUAACCCAGAAUGGUUCGCCCUCGAUGCAUCGCGAGGACUCGACGACCCCUCCCUCAAGAUAUACAUGCGCGCUACCGUCCUCGUUUCCGAGUACCUCAUCUACAUUCCCGCAAUCGUCAUUUUUCUCCGCCGAUAUUCGAGGCUUGAACGUGUCAAUAUCUGGGAGUCGUCCAUUGCACUAGUGGCUAUAUUGAUGCAGCCCGGCACAAUCUUGAUCGAUCAUGGACAUUUCCAGUACAACACGGUCAUGCUCGGCUUUGCCGUCGCCACUUUGUCGAGCAUGGUCGCCGGGCGUCCGCUCUGGUCCUGCGUCUUCUUCGUAGGAGCGCUUGGUUUCAAACAAAUGGCCCUCUUUUACGCGCCUGCUGUCUUUGCCUACCUUCUGGGUAUCUGCGUGUUCCCAAAGGUCAAUGUGGUUCGCUUCCUUGCCAUUGCGCUUGCUACGGUCGCAGCUUUCGCCGUGCUGUAUCUGCCAUUCCUGCUAGGCGUAGCGUACGACACGUAUAGAGGCGUCUCUUCUGACAAACUCCCUCUCCCACCCCUUAUGGAGUCUUUUUCUGCAUAUUGGGAUUCGAAUGCCUGGUACUAUCCCAUCGCCCUUCAGAUGACGCAAUCCAUCCACCGCAUCUUUCCCUUCUCCCGAGGGCUAUUCGAGGACAAAGUCGCCAACAUUUGGUGCACAAUUCAUACCUUCCACAAGCUCCAUCGCUAUCCGAUGGAGCUUCUCCAGCGACUAGCACUUGUCGCAACAUUCGCCGCUAUCCUUCCUCCCUGUCUGAUCAUCUUCCUCAACCCAAAGAAGCAGCUCCUGCCACUUGCCUUCGCAGCUGUCUCUUGGGGGUUCUUCCUCUGCUCCUACCAAGUACACGAGAAGAAUGUUCUGCUCCCGCUACUGCCCAUGACUCUACUUCUCAGCGGAAAGGAGGGUCUGCUGCCGUCGACGAGGGCCUGGGUUGGCCUUGCAAACAUGCUCGGUGUCUGGACCAUGUUCCCCUUGCUGAAGAGGGAUGGACUUGGAGUUCCCUAUUUCGUCGUGUCUCUGCUAUGGGCUUAUCUUCUUGGACUACCGCCCGUCUCAUUCUCUGCAUAUCACGAGGGGAGCAGGAGCGGGCUGAACCUAUUCAGCAAGAUGCUACACGUCAACAUGUACGUCGCCAUGGUAGCAUGGCACGUGGUCGAAGCCGUCUUUGCCCCUCCCGCAAACAAGCCAGAUUUGUGGGUUGUUGCGAAUGCAAUUGUGGGCACAGGCGGGUUUGGGAUAUGCUACCUGUGGUGCUUGUGGCGACUAUGCAUCAAGAGUGAGCUAGUGGGAGGAGCAAAGAGCAAGACACAGUGA